UUUCACAACACAUUGAAAACGAAAUGUGUGUGUAGUUUCUAGUGCAUGGAAUUUCCCGUACACUGUACUGUACUUGUUGACGAUGUCUGCAAAAUAAAUGCAUAAGGUGUAUCAACAACAGUUGAUCCCGUGCCUUUGAGUGCUGCAACGCUUGGCAAGAAAAUGCCACUUCCACGGCUUACAGGCGCCAUACGUGCGUUCUCAGACGUCACAGCAGAGGGUGCAGACAGCACAGACCAUACCGACAUCAGUUUGCUGAGGAAGCAGACACUGAGAGCUGAGAGACAAGCUAGGCAGGGCCUGACAUGGACAAGGCUCAGUCAGGAGAUUCAGACACUCGGCGGCCAUCACAAGUCCGAGACGUCCAGCAAACUUCACGAGUUGGUACACAUCACACGAGAAAUGGUCAGCAGCGAUGCCCCCAUGGCACUCGUGGAGUCUACGGCAGUCUUUCUCUUCACUAAGCUCAAGAACUGCAACGAACUGACCCACAAGAAAUCCACCAAGCUCCACGCAACUAUCGGCCCCUUUCCAGCCUCUCUAGGCCAGCAGGCGCUCAAGAGCAUCCAGUCACUGAUGGGUCUACUUUCCUCGGAUGCCAGGGAGGUCCUGGAGAGGUUGAUAAGAGGAGCAGAGUCCGAGCAGGAGGAGUUUGGGAACCACAUCCACUUCUCGUUCGAGCCGAGGAACUUGGACAUUGGAGAUGACAAUUCUGAAUCGGAGGAAGAGAGCGAAGAACCGAUCUUAAAGUUCGGCUACGAUGCCGCGGCGGCAGCCCAGCCAGUCAGCAAACAGCCGCAAACUACUGCCUCAUCCAACGCCAACAAGAAGUCCAUGAACCUGGGCUGGCUGAAGGUGCAACUCCAGGGCCAGUUUGGCCAGGGCGGGACCCCGCUAGGGUUGACCGUCGACGCCCUGUGCGCUAAACUCCUCGGGGAUCUGACGUCGGCAAAAUCCAACGACGAACUACAGAAUGAGUUAUUUGACCUGCUGGGGUUUGAGUGCUUUGAGCUGAUCCAGAGGCUACUUGCAAAUCGCUCACAGCUGGUGCAAGCUGCCAGUCACAACCAGAUGUCUCAGAUCAUAGCGGAGGGCAAGAAAGAACGUCAGGCGAGGCCGGUAUAUGGCAGUCAAGUGAUCAUACAGUCAGAGCAAGAGAAAGAGCUCAACAAGCAACUCAGGAAAGAGGAGAAGCGACUAGCCAGACAGGAGGCCAGGGGUUUUAACGCCCAGGGGGACGGGGCCGGCAGCGAACCGUUCUUUGACCCCCAGUACCUCAGAAUGCAAAGGGAACGUGCACUAAUUGAUGCUAGCAAGGCACCCUUAUUGACCAAGCGUACGUCGGGGGCUCCCAAACACGUUUAUCCUUACGUCUUUGACGCCUUGGCCGAAGCCCAGAAAACAUCCGCAUUUGUAGGAGCGGCAAAGGUGAUGUUGCCGGAAGGAUUUGAGCGGAAGAACGUCAAGAUGUUUGAGGAAGUAACGAUCCCCCCAUCGCAGCCCGCCCCAAUCGCAAUCGGCCAAAAGCGGGUAGCCGUCUCAGAACUUGAUGAAAUAGCACAGAUCGCCUUCAAGGGCACGCGUCAAUUGAACCGCAUUCAGUCGAUUGUCUUCGAGACCGCCUACUACAGCAAUGAGAACCUCCUGAUCUGUGCGCCGACCGGCGCCGGAAAAACCAACAUUGCCAUGCUGGCUAUCCUGCAUGAAAUCAAGCAGCACAUUGAGCAAGGAGUCAUUAAGAAGGAUGAGUUUAAGAUCAUCUACGUAGCCCCUAUGAAAGCCCUAGCCGCUGAGAUGGUCCGGAACUUUGGUGGACGGUUGUCCCCGCUCGGUAUCGCCGUCAGGGAGCUCACCGGCGACAUGCAACUCACCAAGUCCGAGAUCGCCAAAACGCAGAUGCUGGUCACAACUCCAGAGAAGUGGGACGUCGUGACCAGAAAGAGCACAGGAGACAUUGCACUGACGCAGCUGGUCAAGUUACUGAUUAUUGACGAGGUUCAUCUGCUUCACGAGGACAGAGGAGCGGUCAUCGAAAGCCUGGUGGCUCGGACGCUUAGACAGGUGGAAUCUUCUCAAAGCAUGAUCCGUAUCGUAGGCCUCUCAGCCACGCUCCCAAACUACAUCGACGUGUCGCGGUUCCUGAACGUCAAUCCUUACAUGGGCUUGUUCUUCUUUGACGGCCGGUUUCGGCCGGUACCCUUGGGCCAGACAUACAUCGGCAUCAAGACCAACAACGUCUUUCAGCAACGGCAGGACAUGGACUACGUCUGCUACGAGAAAGCCCGAGAAAUGGUGAACAAGGGACAUCAGGUUAUGGUGUUUGUGCAUGCACGCAAUGCCACUGUCACUACGGCCCAGUCGCUCCGUGAGAUUGCCAAGACGCAAGGAGACAGUUUGAUGUUCCGGCCCGACCAGAACCCAGCCUUUGGAAAUGCCGAAAAGCAGGUCUCCAAGUCCCGCAACAAGCAGCUGCGGGACCUCUUCCCAGACGGCUUCUCCAUCCACCACGCCGGCAUGCUGCGUCAGGAUCGCACCAUGGUGGAGAGGUGCUUCCGAGACGGCCACAUCAAAGUCCUGGUCUGCACGGCCACGCUGGCCUGGGGGGUCAAUCUGCCGGCUCAUGCUGUCAUCAUCAAGGGUACCCAACUCUACGAUGCCAACAAAGGAGUCUUCCGUGACCUGGGCAUCCUGGACGUCAUGCAGAUCUUCGGCCGCGCCGGCCGUCCCCAAUACGACGACCACGGCGAGGGUAUCAUCAUCACCAGCCACGACAAACUCACCCACUACCUGUCCCUGAUGACGCGGCAGAAUCCCAUCGAGAGCCAGUUUAUUGAGAGCUUGGAGGACAACCUAAAUGCAGAGAUUGCUCUAGGCACAGUAAGCAAUGUUGAGGAGGCAGUGAAGUGGCUGAGCUACACGUAUCUGUACGUCAGGAUGCAUCUGAAUCCUCUGGCCUACGGCGUCAACUACAAGAGCAAAGAGAACGACCCCGGUCUCGAAAACUUCCGCAACGAGCUAAUAGUCAAGGCCGGCCGGGCCCUGGACAAAGCCCAAAUGAUCCGCUUCAACGAGGCAACGAGGGACUUCCACUCCACGGACCUGGGCCGCAUUGCCAGCCAUUUCUACAUCAAGUACGCCACCAUCGAGACUUUCAACGAACUCUUGAAACCGUUGAUGACAGAGUCGGGGGUCUUCAGCAUGGUGUCUCAAGCGCAGGAGUUCCAACAGAUCAAGGUUCGCGAGGAUGAAAUCAAGGAGCUGGACUUUCAUCACUCAUCGGAUGGCAGUUGCUACAUGCCGGCCGCGGGAGGGGUGGAGAACGCCCACGGGAAGGUCAACAUCCUCCUCCAGACUUACAUCUCCCGAGGGUUCGUGGAGAGCUUCUCCCUGGUGUCUGACUUGGCUUACGUGGCUCAGAAUUCCGCCCGGAUCAUCCGCGCGCUCUUCGAGAUCACACUCCGUAAGGGUUGGCCCUUGAUGGCAGCCCAGCUCCUGACCCUAUCCAAGAUGGUGGACCGUCGCCUCUGGUCCUUCGAGAACCCCCUACGCCAGUUCCCUCAGCUCUCACAGGAAAUCCAACGCAAGCUGGAGAACAAAAAACUGACCAUAGAUAAGCUUCGGGAGAUGCCGGCUUCUGAAAUUGGUCACCUGAUCCACCACCUCUCCAUGGGCGACAAGAUCAAGCAAUGCGUCAAUCAGCUCCCGUGCAUCGAGCUGGAAGCCACCAUCCAGCCAAUCACGCGGACCAUCCUCCGCGUCCGACUGUCCAUCACCCCGGCCUUCCGAUGGAACGACCGCGUCCACGGCACAGCCUCUGAAUCCUGGUGGAUCUGGGUGGAGGACCCAGACAACAAUCACGUCUACCACUCUGAGUAUUUCCUACUGCACAAGAAACAGGCUCUAUCCCGAGAGACCCAAAGUCUGGUCUUCACGAUUCCCAUCUUUGAGCCGUUACCCAGCCAGUACUACAUCAAGGCCAUGUCAGAUCGCUGGCUGGGGUCCGAGACCGUCUUUCCGAUCUCCUUCCAGCAUCUGAUCCUGCCGGAGAAGCAUCCGCCUCACACAUCUCUCUUAGAUUUGAUUCCACUACCCAUCACAGCGCUGGGCAGGCCUGAAUUUGAGGCAUUGUACAAGUUCACUCACUUCAACCCCAUACAGACACAGAUCUUCCACACCCUGUACCAUACCAAUCACAAUGUCCUGCUGGGCGCACCCACGGGCUCAGGCAAGACCAUCGCGGCCGAAAUCGCCAUGUUUAGAGUCUUCAACGAACAGCCAGGCAUGAAGGUUGUUUACAUCGCGCCGUUGAAAGCUCUAGUCCGAGAAAGAAUUGAAGAUUGGAAGGUUCGACUGCAACAACAACUGGGCAAAAAUGUCAUAGAGCUGACGGGAGACGUGAUGCCAGACAUCAGGGCCAUCGGCAGCGCCGACGUGAUCGUCACCACCCCGGAGAAAUGGGACGGCGUCAGUCGGAGCUGGCAGACCCGGAAAUACGUCAAGGCCGUGUCGCUCUUAGUCAUUGACGAGAUUCACUUGUUGGGGGACGAGCGAGGACCAGUCUUGGAGGUUAUCGUCUCCAGAACUAACUUCAUCUCGUCGCACACGGAGCAACCCUUGCGAGUAAUCGGCCUGUCCACAGCACUCGCUAACGCCAGGGACCUUGCGGACUGGCUUGGAAUCAAACAGAAUGGGCUGUUCAACUUCCGCCCGUCGGUCCGUCCCGUGCCCUUGGAGGUCCACAUUCAGGGCUUUCCCGGCAAGCACUACUGCCCUCGCAUGGCCACGAUGAACAAGCCUACAUUCCAAGCGAUUCGAACCCACUCUCCUAUGAAGCCGACUUUGAUUUUCGUGUCCUCACGUCGUCAGACCCGGCUGACUGCUCUGGAUCUGAUAGCCUUCCUAGCUGCUGAGGACAACCCCAAACAGUGGCUUCACAUGGAGGAACAAAAGAUUGAGAAUCUGAUAAGCGCUAUUAAGGACACCAAUCUCAAGUUGUGUCUAGCGUUCGGUAUCGGCAUGCAUCACGCCGGGCUGCACGAGAGAGAUCGUAGGACAGUGGAGGAACUCUUCGUCAACCAGAAAAUACAGGUUUUGAUAGCUACCAGCACCCUGGCCUGGGGUGUCAACUUCCCCGCCCAUCUUGUCGUGAUCAAGGGAACGGAAUUCUUUGACGGCAAGACCAAGCGAUACGUCGACUUCCCAAUCACAGAUGUGCUCCAGAUGAUGGGCCGAGCUGGUCGGCCCCAGUUUGACGACCAAGGCACGGCCGUCAUCUUCGUCCACGACAUCAAGAAGCACUUCUACAAGAAGUUCCUGUACGAGCCGUUCCCCGUGGAGUCCAAUUUGCUGGAUGUUCUGGCAGAACAUCUCAAUGCCGAGAUUGUCGCUGGAACCAUCUCAUCCAAGCAAGACGCCAUGGAUUACAUCACCUGGACGUACUUCUUCAGACGGCUCGUCAUGAACCCCAGUUAUUACAAGUUGGAGGAGACAGACCAUUCAAGCAUCAACAAGUACUUAUCCUUCCUUGUGGAGAGAUCUCUGCUUGAGCUGGAGAACUGCUACUGUCUGGCUAUCGGAGAGGAUAACCGCACCAUCGAGCCCCUGACUCUGGGCCGUAUCUGCUCCUUCUACUACCUCCAUCACCAGUCUGUCCGCAUGUUCAGAGAUUCCCUCGGCCCCGAUACCAGCCUGCCAGAGCUCAUCUCCGUACUCUCUGAUGCCCAUGAGUAUGAGAUGCUGCCAGUCAGACACAAUGAAGAUGGCAUCAAUAGCGACCUUGCCAAGAAGCUCCCAUUAGAGGUCAACCCUCACUCCUUCGACAGCCCCCACACCAAGGCCCACCUACUCCUACAGGCCCACUACGAGCGACAACCCUUACCCUCCAGCGACUACUCCACUGACCUGAAAUCCGUGCUCGACCAGUCCAUACGAAUCAUGCAGGCAAUGAUUGACGUUUCGGCCGACCAGGGCUGGCUUGCAACGGCCCUACGUGUCAUGAACCUGGUACAGAUGACGCUACAGGGACGCUGGCUGCACGACAACGCAUUACUGACCCUGCCCCACGUCGAACACAACAUCCUCCACUGUUUCAAACCCCCAACUAAAGGCAAGAAAACCAAUCCAAUCCAAAGUUUGCCAGAGCUCCUAGCAGUGUGCAGAGGAAACAGAUCUACCCUGCACAGGAUGCUAACCCCUGAGGUAUCAGAUGGGCAACUUGAAGAGAUAUGGAAAGUGAUCCAGAAACUUCCCGUAAUUCAACCCAAGCUGAGUGUCCGCGGCUGGUGGGCUGACGGAGGCGAGGAAGAGGAACGUCCCCUGCCGACAACGCACAUCACUGGUCUUCCAAAAGACAGAGACUACCUCCCCGUCCACGCUGAUCAAGAGUACGUGCUGCAGGUUGACUUGAGGAGACUACACAGACAACAUCAGGGUGACACAAAGUGCCACGCCCCCCGCUUCCCCAAGUCCAAACACGAGGGUUGGUUUAUCGUCUUAGGGGACCUGGAGAGCAAAGAGUUGCUGGCCUUGAAGCGGAUUGGCUACGUGAAGGGACGCAACGUUGUCCAGUUGGCUUUCUACACGCCGGAGACCACAGGACGUGUGAUCUACGCCUUGUAUAUCAUGAGCGACUGCUACUUAGGCAUGGACCAACAGUACAGUGUGUGCCUGGACGUACAAGAAGCCGACAUCACUGCACAGUUCAACACGGAGGUAGCACUAGAAGACGGGGAACUAGACCAAUUGGUUGACCACUUCCAAGAGUGAAGUCAGUUCACUGGUAACCGAUAAACCGACUGCCAACCACACAAAAGCUGGUGACUUUGAAGCAGAGUUUUGAUUGCAGAGGUGGCAGGAGACAGGGAGCUAGACCAGUUGGUAUACCGUCAUGAAGUGUACAUUCAGACUACUAAGAAUCAUAAGCGGCUGCUGGGUACCAGUUGCCUCAUUAAUAGUGUUGAAUAGGUAACUUGGUGUAUCUUUAAACAGUUAACCACUUUAAUCGUGUUGUAAGAAAGGUGGAUUCCCACUUUAAGUCUGAUGGAAUGAUUGAGGUAUGAUGGAGUAAAAUUAUUUCUUUAAGAAUACAAGUUGAGAUUUUAUUCUCACCUGUUCUUGGGUUAAUUUAUGUUAUUUACUUGAGAAUUUAAAAUAUAUUUAUCUUUUUUUUUCUUCAGUUUCUUGAAUCUUCAAACUUUACACCAAACAAAUAUUGCCAAAAAUUUAUAAAAAUGCCUUUUUUUCCUGUGUAAAGAGAGAUUAACUUUAUUUUCUGUGUAAAAUUUGGUAGUAAAUAAUCCUAUUGAAUGUCAGCAUUUUUGCUGGAAACUGCCACAUGCUGGUUGACAUUUCCAAAGAAAAGUUUGGUCAAUUUUUGACAAUUUCUAUUUCAAUGCAUUGAUAAAAUUGACAGCAAAAUAUAAAAUGUUUACUGUUUUGGAAAGAACAUUCUGUGGUUUUUGUGAAGAAUUUAAACCACAAGUGAGCAGGCAUUAAAAUAAUGGAUUUUGAGGGUCGUUUACAAAGGGUUUUUUUGGUGAAUAGAAAUUCAAUUUACAAAUGAACUGUAACUUUUCUUGAUAUUUUAUUACACGGUGAUAGUUCACUUUUUUUGCAGUACACAAAGAAAAUGUUGGAAACUUUCUCAAAAAAAGGGAGAAAAUCCCAAGCUACUUAACAAUGUUAAAUGAUAAUUUGUAAAGGCAACCUGUAUUAUAAAAUAAAUUAUAGUAACCAUUUACAGUCCCAUA